AUGGUGUACGUGCGCCAGGAUAAGCUUCCUGGCCUCAAGGAGUACAAGUACUCGGGCGUUGAUCACUCGCUCGUGUCGCGGUACAUCCUCAAGCCCUUCUACACGAAUGUGGUCAUCAAGUGCUUUCCCAUGUGGAUGGCGCCCAACCUGAUCACCCUCACUGGCUUCACCUUCGUCGUCGCCAACUUCUGCACGCUGCUCUGGUACAACCCGACCCUGGACCAGGACUGCCCGACAUGGGUCUACUACAGCUGGGCCAUCGGCCUGUUCCUUUACCAGACCUUUGAUGCGGUCGACGGCUCGCAGGCCCGCCGAACACGCCAAAGCGGCCCGCUGGGUGAGCUGUUCGACCAUGGCGUCGAUGCGGUUAACACCUCCUUGGAGGUCCUUCUUUUCGCGGGCAGCCAGAAUAUGGGCCAAGGAUGGACGACAGUAGCAAUAUUAUUCUGCUCACUCCUGACCUUCUACGUCCAAACCUGGGAUGAAUACCACACCAAGACUCUGACCCUGGGCAUCGUCAGCGGGCCCGUGGAGGGCAUCUUGAUCAUCUGUGCAAUCUACACGAUGACCGGCUAUCUCGGUGGUGGACACAUCUGGACUUACUCGGCCCUGGAGACCAUCGGGGUUCCUCGACAGCCCUGGGUCCCGGAUUUUAUCUACAACAUGUCCUUCUCGCACUGGUAUAUGGUUCAGGGCUUCGUCGUGCUGUGCCUCAACACCGUUGAGUCGUGCCGCAACGUCAUCAAGGCGAGGCGAGCCCGUGGCGACCGCAGCCGGUACGCGCUGGUUGGUCUGGUGCCUUUCUUCGUCACCUGGGCACUGAUCGUCGUGUACCUGCUUCUGCAGCCGAACAUCCUACACAACCAUCUGGUCCCCUUCGCCAUGUUCUGCGGCAUCGUCAAUGCCUACUCGGUUGGGCAGAUGAUCACGGCGCACCUGGUGAAGCUCGAAUUCCCCUACACCAACGUCCUUGUGUUGCCGUUGGCAUAUGGCGUUAUCGACUCGCUGGGCCCGUGGUUGCAAUUCGAGUUCGGACACCCAUGGCUUGGGUGGCCCAGUGCGCUUGGCGAUGAUGUGUACCAGGUGGCGUACAUGUUCCUUAUGCUGGGUGUGUCUAUUGGUGUGUACGGCUCAUUUGUCGUCGAUGUCAUUGUUACUAUCUGUGACUACCUCGACAUCUGGUGCCUGACGAUCAAGCAUCCCUAUGUGGAGCCCCAGGCGAACGGGAAGAAGACGAAGUGA